CUUGUUUUGUAUGCCGUGAAUCAGCUGUUGAGUCUAGUGUUGUUUUGUAUACUAAUCACUCGACCCAGAGUUUUGAGCUUUGAAUUUAUUUGAAAAAAGAAACCACUAUAAGAGUGAGAUGGCGAUUGUUAGUAACAAUUUAGACCAAUGCAGCUUUUGCUUUGAUAUAUGUAAAGGAGAAUUUCAUCACACACUGAUCCCCACUAACCUUCAAAAGCGAAAGCUAGAAAUUAUCCUGCAGAAGUUGAACGGGUUCUCUUACCAGUUGAGCAGCUAUUCCACUUGCGACAAAUGUCGCCAAGAGUUCAUAAGCCUCCAUAGUGUUCCCGAGAGCUGCUUCCAAAUUUUGCCCAGCCCCAAACCGACUGAUAUUAAGAUGGAACCAGAGUUAAUGAUUGAUGACCACGAGCUGUCGGAUAAUGAUAAGAUUGUUGAGACAGACCCAACAGCGGAUUUCGUGUCAAUUGAACAGGAAGCUGAAACGCAAAUCAAGAGGGAAAUCGAAGAGGAAUUCUUCAUCAACGAAAUGGACGAAAAAGACGACAAUACAUUAAUUAUUCGUAAGACAGACCACAGACGGUUAAGCACGGGUGAACGUUCCCAUCCUUGUCCACAUUGUCCGAAAUCAUUUACGGGUACCUCGAGUCUCCAAUACCACAUUCGCACUCAUACGGGCGAACUUCCAUUUUCUUGUCCACAUUGUCCGAAGACGUUUAGGCAAAAUUCGACGCUCAAACUGCACAUUCGAACUCAUACUGGUGAACAUCCCUACUCUUGUCCACAUUGUCCGAAAGCUUUCAAGAAGGCUUCAGGGCUCCAAGAACACAUUCGAACUCAUACGGGUGAACGUCCUUAUCAGUGUCCACAUUGUCCGAAAGCAUUGAGGAGUGCUUCAGUGCUUCGAGAGCAUAUCCGAAUUCAUACAGGUGAACGUCCCCAUUCCUGUCCACAUUGCCCGAACAUGUUUAAAACUUUAUCAGCGCUCCAAGACCACAUUAGGACUCAUACGGGUGAACGUCCUUUUCCUUGUCCUCAUUGCCCGAAAACAUUCAAGCAUAGCGGCACGCUCCAACAGCACAUUCGGUCACACACGGGUGAACGUCCCCAUUCUUGUCAACAUUGCUCAAAGACGUUUGGUCAUCAUUCGACGCUUAAACGGCACCUUCUGAUUCAUACUGACGAACGUCUUUUCCCUUGUCCACAUUGUUCGAAAGCGUUUAAAGCUUCUACGGCACUCCAAGUGCACAUUCGAACACAUACGGAUGAACGGCCCUUUUCUUGUUCACAUUGUUCGAAAGCGUUUAGGUAUUCUACAUCGCUCCGAGAACACAUUCGAAGAACUCAUACUGAUGAUCGUCCCUACUCUUGUCCACAUUGUCCGAAAGCACUCAAGGAUCAGAGUACGCUCCGAGACCACAUUCGAACUCAUACGGGUGAACGACCCCAUUCUUGUUCACAUUGUUCAAAGACGUUUAGACAACCUUCUACACUUAGACGGCACCUUCUAAUCCAUACCGAUGAACGUCCCUACUCUUGUCCUCAUUGUCCGAAAGCAUUUAAGGAGCGUAAAACGUGCCAAAUCCACUUGCGAACUCAUACGGGUGAACGCCCCUACGCUUGUCCACAUUGCCCGAAAACGUUCAGGCAGCAUAGCACGAUGCGAGAGCACAUUCUCUUGCACACGGGUGAACGUCCCCAUUCUUGUCCAAAUUGUUCAAAGACGUUUAGCCAAUAUACAACGUUCAAACAGCACCUUCGGAUUCAUACCGAUGAACGUCCCUACUCUUGUCCACAUUGUCCCAAAGCACUUAAGGAUAGUAAAACGCUCCGAGUCCACAUUCGAACUCAUACGGAUGAACGGCCCUAUUCUUGCCCACAUUGUCCGAAAGCAUUCAGGUAUACUACAUCACUCCGAGAGCACAUUCAAACUCAUACGGCUGAACGUCUCUGUUCUUGUCCACAUUGUCCGAAAGAGUUCAAGACUAAUGCUUCGCUCCGACGGCACAUUCUGUCACACACCAAGUAGGAACGAUACUUCUAACCAUUUCGUUCACCAUAUCACGCAAACCAGUUUGAAAAAGAUACAGGUUGUUCGGGGAAUACAUUACUGAUGAUCUCAAGAAGGGGUAACUGAAUGCUAAAGGUUUCCUUUGUCAAUGGAAGCUGCUGACAAAUGCUCAAUGAUUAGCAAGCUCAUAAGACAAAAAAUUUCGAGUAUUCACCAAAAAAUAAACAAUUACUUAGGAUUUAGGUCUAUCAUUAACAUGUUGAGAUCCACCCUUGAUCCCUUGGAACCCAUACUGAGCUCUCCCUGUGGAUCGACAAUGGACUUUUGACGUGGGACUACGUCUAACCGAAAUAUAAAGGGGAUAAAACCUAAACACAACAUGCGAGAGAAAAUGAAAGAUUUCGAAUACUUAUAAUUCGAACAUUUCUUAUCGGAGAUCGGAAAGGUGUUUGCAUCAAUUGAUAGGAAAUAUUUCUACGCAUCUAUCACAAUUAAUAAAAUGUUAUUUUUCCUGAGAUGACAAUUGAAUAACUGUAAAAUGUCAAGCGCUGUCAAACGCCCUAACUGAACCGUUUUGCAAGUUGAGCAAACUUUUGUUCCUGCUGACAUGUGUUCCCUAACACAAGCAUCAAAACCAAGGUAUCUGGGAAAAUUGGCAUUGCAAAUACAUGCAAGUUGGGAAACUUUUGCUCCCACCAACAUGUGUUCCCUAACAGAGCCAUCGAAACCAAGGUAUCUGGGGAUCUGCAAAUACAUGCAAAUUGGGGGAAGUUUUGCUCCCACCGACAUGUGUUCCCUAACACAACCAUCAAAACCAAAGUGCCUCACGUUACAUGGCACGAAGCAUGGACGAUGCUUGAAGAUGACUCACAAGCGCAUGGUGUUUUCGAACGCUGAGUGCUCAGAACAAUAUACGGUGGUGUACAGGAAAACGGAGUACGGAGAAGGAGAAUGAACUGGCACAACUCUACGGCGAACCCAGCACCCAGAAAGUCGCCAAGGCUGGAGUGCAAUGGGCAGGGCAUGUUGCAAGAUUGCCGGACAGCAGCCCUGCAAAGAUGGUGUUCGCAUCGAAUCCGGUAGGAACAAGAAGGAGAGGAGCCCAGCGAGCAAGGUGGUUGGAUCAGGUUUAGCAGGACUUGGCAAGAAUCGGCGCAGCUGGGAGUUGGAGAACUGCAGCGCUGGAUCGUGUUUAUUGGCGAAAAGUUGUGAAUUAGAUAUAAUCUCUUAAUAGUAU